GUGGCUCAACAAUAACAGCCAGCUGUUCCACCACAUCACCUUAGUGGGCUUUCUUUUUGGAUGAACACACUUUCUUUCCUUUUUCUUUCUUUCUUUUUUGUGAGCAGAGCCACAAGGCAGUGGUAGCUGUUAGCAAGCUAUCUUCUCCAUUUGGCAUUCUCAUUCCCAGACUCCUCGGUUCUCACUAGAUGCCUCUCCCAGAACCUUGUAUAAUCUCCGCCUCAUAGCCCACCUAUCUUCUAUACCUUUCAUUCCCAGGGCACCAGUUUAAGAGGUGAUACGUCUUCAAUGGCACACAACUACGAGGUUGGAACGCGGGCCUGGCAGCCCGACCCGACAGAGGGAUGGAUUGCAUCCGAAGUCAAGGAGAAAGUGGUCGAUGGAGACAAAGUGCAACUGGUGUUUCUGUUGGAAAAUGGAGAGACGAAAACGCUCGAGACUACACAAGCCGAGUUGCUAAUGGACAAUAACCCGAAAUUACCGCCGUUAAUGAAUCCUGCGAUGCUGGAAGCGAGCGAAGAUCUCACGAAUCUUUCCCAUUUGAACGAACCUGCUGUUCUGCAGGCUAUAAAACUCCGUUACGCGCAGAAAGAGAUAUAUACAUACAGCGGCAUAGUUCUUAUUGCAACGAACCCCUUCGCUCGUGUUGACUCGCUCUAUGUACCACAAAUGGUACAGGUGUACGCUGGAAAGCACCGUGCCUCACAAGCACCCCACUUGUUCGCCAUCGCGGAGGAGGCGUUUGCUGACAUGUUACGAGAUGGAAAAAACCAAACGAUUGUGGUAUCUGGCGAAUCCGGUGCUGGAAAGACUGUGAGCGCCAAAUACAUCAUGCGGUAUUUUGCGACUCGUGAGUCGUCAGACCAACCCGGAAAGUAUACAACAAGUCGGGCGGAUGCGAUCAGUGAAACCGAAGAGCAGAUUUUGGCUACAAAUCCGGUCAUGGAAGCUUUCGGUAAUGCUAAAACCACAAGGAAUGACAAUUCAUCACGAUUCGGGAAAUAUAUCGAGAUCAUGUUUGACGACAGAAACAACAUCAUUGGGGCUAAGAUUAGGACAUAUCUGUUAGAGCGUUCUCGGCUGGUGUUCCAGCCUCUCAAGGAACGCAACUAUCACAUCUUCUAUCAACUUGUGGCUGGAGCAACCGACCAGGAAAAAGAAGAUCUCAGCCUCACCUCGGUUGAAGAUUUCGAUUAUCUCAAUCAGGGUGGGACUCCUACCAUAGAAGGUGUUGACGAUCAGACCGAAUUCAAUGCGACGAGGAAGUCCCUUAGCACGAUUGGGGUGCCGGAGAGGACGCAAGCAGAGAUAUUCCGCAUUCUGGCUGCUCUGUUACAUCUUGGCAAUGUCAAGAUCACUGCAACGCGGACUGAUUCUACUUUGUCCCCAUCGGAGCCUUCUCUUGUUCGGGCAUGCGACAUGCUUGGUAUCGAUGUCAAUGAGUUUGCCAAGUGGAUAGUGAAGAAGCAACUAAUCACCAGGGGCGAGAAGAUCACCUCCAAUCUCACACAACAACAAGCAACUGUCGUGAAAGAUUCAGUCGCUAAAUUCAUCUAUUCCAGUUUGUUCGAUUGGCUGGUCGACAAGAUAAAUCGCCGCUUAGCUAGUGACGAGGUCCUAAACAGCUACCAAUCAUUCAUCGGCGUCUUGGAUAUCUACGGUUUUGAACACUUCGCAAAGAACUCAUUUGAACAAUUUUGCAUCAAUUACGCAAAUGAGAAAUUGCAGCAGGAAUUCAACCAGCACGUUUUCAAGCUUGAGCAAGAGGAAUAUGUGCGCGAAAAGAUUGAUUGGACAUUCAUUGAAUUCUCCGACAAUCAGCCGUGCAUUGAUCUUAUUGAGGCCAAGCUUGGCAUAUUGUCUCUUUUGGACGAAGAAUCGCGGUUGCCGAUGGGUUCAGAUGAGCAAUUUGUGACCAAGCUGCAUCACAACUUCGCGGCCGAUAAGCAGAAGUUUUACAAAAAGCCCCGAUUCGGCAAAUCAGCGUUCACCAUUUGUCACUAUGCGGUGGACGUGACCUAUGAGUCUGAUGGCUUCAUAGAGAAGAACAGGGAUACUGUGCCAGACGAGCAUAUGGACGUCCUUCGCAAUUCUUCAAAUGAAUUUGUGAAAGAAAUAUUAGACACUGCUGCUGCUGUUCGGGAGAAAGAUUCAGCAUCGAUUUCAUCCAAACCAGUUGCAGCUCCAGGACGCAGAAUCGGAGUUGCUGUCAACAGAAAACCUACGCUUGGCGGAAUUUUCAAGUCAUCGCUCAUUGAGCUCAUGAACACCAUCAAUUCUACCGAUGUGCACUACAUACGGUGCAUCAAGCCUAACGAGGCAAAAGAGCCCUGGAAAUUCGAAGGGCCAAUGGUCUUAAGUCAACUCAGAGCGUGUGGUGUGCUUGAGACCGUCCGCAUCAGUACUGCUGGGUAUCCCACUCGUUGGACGUACGAGGAAUUUGCCAUCCGUUAUUAUAUGCUUUGUCACUCGUCCCAAUGGACCUCAGAAAUCAAGGAAAUGUGCCAUGCAAUUCUACAGAAAGCGCUUGGGGACGCGAGCCAUCAGAAACAAGAUAAAUAUCAACUGGGCUUGACCAAGAUAUUUUUCCGAGCAGGUAUGCUUGCGUUCCUGGAGAAUCUCCGUACAUCCAGAUUGAACGAAUGCGCAAUCAUGAUACAAAAAAAUCUGCGGUGCAAAUAUUAUAGGCGUCGAUACCUCGAAGCCCGCUCCUCUAUCCUUACCACACAAGCUCUAAUCAGAGGCUUCUUGGCAAGACAGCGCGCGGCAGAAGUGCGUCAAAUCAAAGCUGCCAUCACUAUCCAGAGAAUUUGGCGUGGUCAAAAGGAAAGAAAAUUCUACAAUGAAGUCCGCGGCAAUUUCAUUCUGUUCCAGUCAGUGGCUAAGGGCUUCCUCUGCCGACGCAAUAUCAUGGACACCAUACAUGGCAACGCGGCAAAGAUCAUACAGCGCGCAUUUCGAUCCUGGCGACAAAUACGUGCAUGGCAGCAGUAUCGUCGUAAGGUAAUCAUUGUCCAAAACUUGUGGAGAGGAAAGCAGGCCAGGACGCAAUAUAAAAAGCUUCGAGAGGAAGCGAGAGACCUGAAGCAAAUCUCCUACAAGCUCGAAAAUAAGGUGGUGGAGCUGACUCAGUAUCUCGAGUCACUGAAGCGCGAGAACAAAUCGUUGAACUCGCAAUUGGAGAAUUAUGAGACACAGUUGAAAUCGUGGAGAAGUCGUCACAAUGCUUUAGAAAAUCGCACCAGGGAGCUUCAGGCCGAGGCUAACCAAGCUGGGAUUACUGCUGCCCGAUUGGCCGCCAUGGAGGAUGAAAUGAGCAAAUUGCAGCAGAAUUACGCUGAGGCACAAACGAUCGUCAAGCGCCUGCAAGAAGAGGAGAAAGUCUCGCGGGAGUCAAUUCGGUCUGCCAAUCUGGAGUUGGAUCGGCUGAGACAACUGAACAGUGAAGCUGAAAAUGACCGGGCUUCUCUUCGCCAACAAGUUGCGGAGCUUGAAGAGCAGCUAGAGCUCGCUAAACGAAACAUUCCUUUGAAUGGGCUUAACGGAGAUGCGCAGAACAGUGGUCCUAUCCAGCCACCUGCCGGUGGCUUGAUAAACUUAGUUUCCUCAAAGAAGUCUAAGCCUAAGCGACGGAGUGCCGGGGCCGAAAAAAUUGACACUGAUCGUUUCAGCGGCGCGUACAAUCCCCGGCCUGUGUCUAUGGCAAUCCCGAGUUCGACUUUCGGUCGUCAGAACUUUUCAGGGCAUACCUUUUCACCAGGACUGGACACUGUUGAGGUGGAGCUCGAGAAUUUACUGUCUGAAGAAGAUGAGCUCAACGAGGAAGUCACAAUGGGAUUGAUUCGCAACUUAAAAAUCCCACUGCCCAGCUCGACACCUCCGCCAACCGAGAAGGAAGUCCUAUUUCCUGCAUAUCUGAUCAAUCUUGUCACGUCAGAGAUGUGGAACAAUGGUUUUGUGAAAGAAUCCGAGCGUUUCUUAGCCAACGUGAUGCAGUCAAUUCAGCAAGAGGUCAUGCAGCACGAUGGAGAUGACGCCAUCAAUCCCGGCGCUUUCUGGCUGUCUAACGUGCACGAAAUGCUUUCAUUUGUCUUCCUGGCAGAGGACUGGUACGAGGCCCAGAAGACGGAUAAUUACGAAUAUGACCGCCUCCUGGAGAUCGUGAAGCAUGAUUUAGAAAGCUUGGAAUUCAAUAUCUAUCACACGUGGAUGAAGGUGUUGAAGAAGAAACUCUAUAAGAUGAUUGUCCCCGCGAUCAUCGAAUCUCAGUCCCUUCCUGGGUUCGUCACCAGUGAAACCAAUCGAUUCCUAGGGAAACUUCUUCCCUCAAACAACAAUCCAGCGUACAGCAUGGAUAAUCUCCUCAGCCUUCUGAACAAUGUCUACAAAGCAAUGAAAGCUUUCUACUUGGAAGACUCUAUCAUUACUCAAACCGUGACAGAGCUUCUUCGCCUUGUCGGUGUUACCGCUUUCAACGAUCUCUUGAUGCGAAGGAACUUUUUGUCUUGGAAGCGUGGCCUUCAAAUCAAUUACAACAUAACUCGGAUUGAGGAGUGGUGCAAAAGCCAUGAUAUGCCUGAAGGGACAUUGCAGCUGGAGCAUUUGAUGCAAGCAACGAAGCUCCUUCAGCUCAAGAAAGCCACUCUCAACGACAUCGAGAUAAUCCAAGAUAUUUGUUGGAUGCUGUCUCCAAACCAGAUCCAGAAACUUCUGAAUCAAUAUCUUGUCGCUGACUACGAACAGCCCAUCAAUGGCGAGAUCAUGAAAGCCGUAGCCUCGCGUGUCACAGAAAAGAGCGAUGUACUUCUCCUUACCCCCGUUGAUAUGGAAGACAGUGGCCCGUACGAAAUCGCCGAGCCUCGUGUCAUCACAGCCUUAGAGACAUACACACCAUCAUGGCUCCAAACACCGCGUUUGAAACGUCUUGCAGAAAUUGUCUCGGCACAGGCAAUGGCCCAGCAAGAGAGGCUUGAAAUAUCUGACACUGCCGUGAUGCCAAGCGAUUAAUGCUGUCUACCAAUGCCAUUGUCAAUAUUCAUCGUGGCCAUGCGUCACAAGCUCAACUCACAAACUUACAGCGCGGUCCUACCAUAGAUUUUGCAACCGCAAUUAUUAGAAUAACUUGGGAAUGGUCUUGGCUUCGCUUCACUCUACCUUAUUUUCUGAUUCUUGUAUAUGAACUAGCAUAUUUUGACACAUAAAGUUCGGACACUCGGGACAAAUCCUGGAAACAAUACCGACCAAAAGAGCCUGGCAUUACGCAAAAAAAAAAAAAAAAAAAAAAAAAAAAAAAAAAGAAGAAGAA